ACAAUUUACAGGUUACACGUCGAACGUAGUGACUGCCAUUUUGUCAUAUAUUUUAUUCAAAGUUUUUCCUGCUCGUCAACUGUAAAAAGUCGUGUCUGUUUUUCGUGUCUCUUUGGAACGUAUGUUUGUUCACAAGGAGCGGUUGUGUUACUCUUUGUAAUUACUCGAUCGAAGAAUGAGCGAUAGAAGGAAGAAAGCAAGAAUGAUGUCAGAAUCAGAUUUUGAUGAUGAUAUUGUUACAUUGAGAUUUAUCAUGAAUGGAAAGGAAGCUGGUUUGUUGAUUGGAAAGGGUGGUGAAACCAUUAAGAAUCUUAGGAAAUCUAGUGAUGCAAUCAUUAAUAUAAGUGAUAAUACUUCAAGAGAAAGACUGGUUUCUUUAACUGGUCCUGUCAACAGUGUUAUUCAUGCUUUCAAAUUGAUUAUUGAGCGGUUUGAAGAGGACUACUACAGCAGAUCAUCCCCUGAAGAUAUGGUUUUUCAACUGCUGGUCCCAUCCGCGCAGUGUGGCUCUCUGAUUGGUAGAAGUGGGUCAACGAUUAAAUAUAUUCGAGAGAAAUCUGGAGCUCACAUCAUGAUCGAUUCUGAUCCGAUGCCACAAUCCUCUGAAAGGAUGGUUCAUAUAUCAGGCAGUGCCAGCAGUGUAAUUGGUUGCAUGAAAUCAAUUUGUGACACCAUGGUUCAGAACCCUGUUUCUUGCCAUAUUGACCCAUAUUAUCCCGAGAACUCUCCAAUGAACAAAAAAUCGAACAGACCCGUGAGGAAUCAUCGAUAUGACCGAGAUUCUUACGAGCGUCGCGAUCAAGGUCGACCUUUAUUGAGAAGUCCCCUCCCAAGAAGACGCAAGAGAAGUGAUGACUUUUUAGAUGAGUUUAUGACUGAGACUAUGUCAAUACCAAGCCAAUUUGCAGGAAGUUUGAUUGGUAGACGUGGCGCUAAAAUCAACGAGAUAAGGACGAAAUCUGAAGCUAGCAUAAAAAUUGCGGAUGCAAGAGAAGGUUCAAGUGAACGAAUUGUAACGAUAAGUGGAAAUCCCGAGGCUGUUGGCAUGGCUCAAUUCCUUAUAAAGUCAAGGGUGAAAUUUGAAGAAAAGAAAGCUAAAAACGAAAAUGCUCUAUCGUGAUCUUGUAAAAGGAUUCAACUCGUUUUACUCCGUCAAUAUACGUGCACAAGAAUACUGUCUUAUUUAAACGUUCGUGUUUUCUCAUUAAAACUGAGGCAAUGGUUGUCACUGUUUGCUGCUAAUAUAUUGUAAUAUUACAUAAUCUCUCUAUAUCACUAUGGCUACUUUAUAAAUUUAUAAAUUCAGCUUCGGAGGCUUGUUUUAUUUAUAUCUUUUACAGAAAAUGGUUGAUAAACUCGAAUUUUUCAUUUCUCUCUCCAUGCACGUAAUUUAAUAAACAAAUGUCAUUGGUGAGUUAAAAUGUAAUACAUUUAUUUUAGCGAAACAGUCAACAAAAAAUUGCUGUUUGUUAAGUACGAAACACCAUUACCAAAACUGAAGUGUUCAUACUUAUAUUUCUCCUGAGCGUUUUUUUAUUUUGAUUGUCAAACUGAGAUAAAAGUACUGUUAAUUAAUUGAGUUAUGCAACAAAACUCAUUUUAUAAACACGUUUUAGCCCUUAUUCCAUGGUUUAAGUGCUCUUUCUCUCAAAUACACUGAUUGGGACGAUUUUAAAUGUAUGAAUUGAGUUAAUAAUUUGUAAAUCUAUUUUGGCAGUUUCACAGUAUAUAGUGAAUAAAAAUUUAGUGUAAAAAUAAUACUCCAAUGAAA